AUGUUUAGAAACAGGAAAUACUUCUGUCAGUCCAUAACAUUUUAUCAAUAAGAAUAACUACUAAACAAAGUGCUGAAGGACUGCGAAGACUGCUUCAAACAAUUGGAUCAACAUGGAAAAUCUAUAAAGAAAGACACAAAAGACAUGUUCAUUAAAUUUACACAAGCAAAAUUAUAAGACCAAAAGAAAUUAUUAGAGACUGACUCUGUUGGCGUAUUUUAGAUGCUAUUGGACAUUAUCGAAAAUGUAGCACAUGAUAAACCUUUGAUGACAUAUAUAUUGACCACCAUCGAUGCAAUAAUAUCUGAAAAUCAGAGACUAUUCAAAUAAUUCAUGCGAGCAUUGACACCACAGGUUGUACCUAAAUUAAAAUAAUUCUUGUUUCUUGAUGGAUAUGACAAAGUGGUUUAUGAAGCAGCAGCUAAGAUAGUCACCAUGAUCAUAGCAGAUGAGGGAGGAAAUGAUGCAAAAGAAUGGGUCAUAUUAUUUAUUGGAGGAAUAGGAAAUAAACUAAAGAUUUCAGAUUAAAUGAUUAUGCCAAUAUGCGUGCAUUUUCUUAAACACGAUUCAUUAGCAAUAUAAUUUAUAAAGAGUGGUGGAAUUAAGAUAGUAUCUAAUCAAUUAACCAAAUAUCCAACAGACUUGCAUAUAGCUUAUUACACAAUUUUAGCAUUAUGGUUAUUGAGUUUCACUAAUGAAUCAAUUCCAUUAUUCAAUGACCCACAACUUGGUUUGAUCAGAAUGAUUAUAGAAUCAGUAUAAAAGAUUUCAAGAGAAAAAAUCUUGAGAGUUUCCUUUGCUUGUUUCAAGAAUUUGGUUGAUGUAUCAGCCUAAUGCAUUGAAUUGAUGGUUGACAAUGGAUUAAUCAAAGUGGUUGAUUUAUUGUUGAAAGGAAAUCUCAAGGAUUAAGAUUUAAUAGAUGAUAUCAAAUAUGUUGGAGAGAUAUUGGAGAAGAACAUGAAGAUUUUAACUUCAUUUGAAAAAUAUGUGAAGGAAUUAAAUGCUCAAAAUUUAACUUGGAGUCCAGUACAUACUGAGAAAUUCUGGAAGGAGAAUGUCAAGAAAUUCGAAGAAAAUGAUUUCUUACUUAUUAGGUAAUUAAUGAAAUUAGCAGAAAUCUUGAAAUCAAAUAAUAAUCAAAAUAUUGCUGUGGCUUGUUAUGAUUUGGGAGAAUUUUGUAGAUUCCAUCCAUUUGGUAAAGUUGUUUUGGAAUAAUUAAAUGCAAAAUAAGAAAUUAUGAAAUAAGCAAGGAAUGAUGAUUAGAUGAUUAGAGAAAAUGCCUUGUUGUCAUUACAAAAAAUCAUGUUGCAUAAUUGGUAAGUUUGAGAGAACAUUAAUAUAUAUAUAUAUAUUAAACAGUAUAUUCAAAUAUUAAUUAAUUUA